CAGCUAUAAUUUUUCAUAGGCUUCUCGAAGGCAAAACUCGAAGCUAGCUAGCUACAAGCCAUAUAUCUGCAACAUGGCUGUAGGACUUGGUGAUUUUCUUUCCUUUUUGUUCUUCAUAGUUUUGUUCAACCACGGCGCCUGCGAUCCGUUUAAUCGCACUAUUUUCCCACCUGGGUUCCUCUUCGGGGCAUCGUCCUCGGCGUAUCAGUAUGAAGGUGCAGCUUACGAAGGUGGCAAAGGACAAAGCAUAUGGGAUAAUUUUACUCACGCGCACCCUGACAAAAUUGCGAAUGGAACGACCGGUGAUGUAGCUGACGACUUCUAUCAUCGGUACAAGGAAGAUAUAGCUCGAAUGAAACAAAUGGGUUUGGAUGCGUUUAGAUUUUCCAUCGCAUGGACUAGAAUCCUUCCUUCCGGAAACGGAGAAGUCAACAAGGCAGGGGUUAAGUUUUACAACGACCUCAUCGAUGAGCUCGUAAAGAAUGGAAUAAAGCCAUUGGUGACGCUUCACCACUGGGACUCUCCUCAGGCUCUCGAAGACCAAUAUGGCGGCUUUCUCAGCCCACGCAUCGUAGAAGACUAUAAAACCUACACCGAUAUCUGCUUCAAAGAGUUUGGGGAUAGAGUGAAGCAUUGGAUCACAUUCAACGAGCCAUGGGCCUACUGCACCAACGGAUAUGGUGGCGGUACGGAUGCACCAGGUCGGUGCACGCCUUCCGGCCCGGGAAAUUGCAAAGCUGGAGAUUCAAGCACAGAGCCUUAUACAGUGUGUCAUCACCUUAUACUAGCCCACGCGGCCGCCGUCCGACAUUACCACCGUAAUUAUAAGGCAAAGCAAAAUGGCACGAUCGGUAUAACGCUAGUCACUCCGUGGUACGUUGCCCUAAGUAAUAAGACGGCUGAUGUUGAUGCAACACAACGGGUCCUGGAUUUCACAUAUGGAUGGUUCAUGGAUCCUCUAACUCGAGGUGAAUACCCACAAGAUAUGAGAACUUAUCUGGGGAAUCGCCUGCCGAAUUUCACCAAGGUUGAGUCAGAAUAUGUCAACGGAUCUUACGACUUCAUCGGCGUCAAUUACUACGAUGCCUUCUAUGCAUUUGCUCUUCCCUUGGGUGCCAGUAUUAACUCAACUUAUCUCAAUGACUCUCGAGUUGGAUUGACAGUGAUCGAUGCUAGUGGAAAGCCAAUAGGUCGACCGGGUGGCACAUCUUUCUUCUACGUUUAUCCACAAGGGUUGAUAGAUCUUCUACGUUAUACGAAGACCAAGUACAACAACCCACCCAUCAUCAUUACCGAAAAUGGCGUGAGUGAGAUCAAUAAUAGUAGUAAAACAAUUGCAGAAGCAGCGAUGGACAAUGACAGAGUACUCUACCAAGUUGAACAUCUUGGUGCGCUCUACAAUGCUAUGAGUGGAAAGGAUAAAGUGGACGUGCGAGGAUACUUCAUAUGGUCGUUUUUGGAUGAUUUUGAAUGGGGAGGAGGUUUCAAUGUGCGAUUUGGGCUUCAUUAUGUGGACUUCAAGGACAAGUUAAAGAGAUAUUGGAAAAAAUCGGCUUGUUGGUAUACAGAUUUCUUGGGGAAAUGUAUGACGUGCAUCAAAGAGUGUACGGCGUUUACUCCUUAAUUAAUUAUCACAACCUACAUAUCUGUCGUGUUGAUUAAUGUAUUAAGUAUUUUAGAUAACUGAUGUGUUCGGCACACAUCGAUCCGCGAUCUCCGAGACUAGCUAGAGCUGUAGUUUCUUCAUUUGCGUGUUGUUCUUUUUAAAUUCAUGUGAGAGUCAUUUAAUUUGAAUUUCAAAUUUCAAUUUAGUGGUCAUUAUCGGCUAGUGAUCUAGGCGAGCUCACGAGCCAUAUGUUGUACUUGUUUCGCGGCUUAUAGCUAGAUGAGUCCUUUCUAUUUUUCUCUUUAAUUUUUUGUACUUUCUCGUUGGUUGUACUUUAUUAAUUCGAUCCCCUUAAAUAAUAUGACUGUUGCUUGGUCUAUGUAAAACCCUAAACCUUGAGAGAA